AUGGAAAGGAAGGAACAAGCUGUAGCUGACGUAUCUCGUUCGAAAGGGAGUUCGUUUUACCACGGCUGCCGAAGAAUGGAAUGUACGAGAGAGUGGCCUGACGAUUUCAUCAUAUGGCGUUGCUGUUUGCAGAAUAGAAACCCUCCCUUUGUUUGCUUGGAUAUCACAAAGUGGACCAGCUCAAGGAGGAAGAUCAGCAGAAAUCACGCAAAGGAUAGUUUGGUAGGUGUCGAUCGUAGGCGAAGUCGAUGCCUGAAACUCUUCCUAAAGCCGAGCUGGGGAACCAUUGCACCCGUCAAACGAUAUCAGCAAUGCGGCAGUGCUUUGGGGGCAGUCAAAGCCAGAGUCGAAACAUGGCAGUGGGCGAGACAACUCCCAUCCGCAUAUUCUCAUCUGCUAGAAUUAGAUCCUCAUAACUUAUCUCGUGAUACCAGCAUGAACGCAAAUGCCUUCCUCAGGACCCACCUGCCGUCUCAACACCACGCUUCAUCAUCGUGCGCGAUAUAUCGCGAGAGGCUCAAAACCCCCAAUCCAUGUGACGAUGAAUACCAAACCAUCAGAAGAAUGGGCGUUUCGCCGGUUUCACUUCGCGCGGGGCUAAGCAUACUCGGAAACGCAACAAUUGCUCAACUUGAAUGGAUGUCGUAUGUAUGGGUUGAGAAAUUGAAUAGUUUUGCUGCUGAGAUGAGGGUUGAAACCGAAACACUAGCGACAGCGCUUACCGGAUUGGGAUAG